ACCAGUUAGCAGUAAUCCGUGUGCAGUUAAAAAUGCUUUCCCAAUUCAAGAGAUUCAAAAAUCGUUUGGCCAAACCAAUGUCAUAAAAUGUUGUUAUAUUAUGGUGUUCUAAAUUUUUAUGCAAUGCGUAUUCAAUGUAACUCUAAUUCUAUCCUCAGUUAUUUGUAUCAAUAGUUUUCAAUAAGCAUUUAACAGAGGAAUGGACAACAGUUACGUUUGAUUCACAAAAAAAUUCCCAACCUUUGUAUUUAUGAAUGAAUCCUUGCAAAAUUGCGGAGAACUAUCAGUGGGUGCUUUUGGCGGGAAACCGUAACGCAACCAGUCGUAGCAAAGUCAGCGCGUGCGCAACACGCGCUACUCACUAAAUAUUUUACAUUCAAUGCGAUCGCGAACUCGAAGUUUUGUCUCCUAGUAUUUAAAACUUUUACCAAUUUAUUUAAAUGGAAGUAUUGAGGACGCAACUCGUUUCCAUUGUAACGAUUCUCUUUAACAUGGUGUGAAUGUACUUUGUUUGUUUACAAAAGGAGUGUUAGUUCUACUUUCUAUAACUUCAAAAACAAAAGUCGGUGAAUAAAAUUAAAAAAUAAUAGGUCUUUAUUUUUAGACUUGAACAAAGUCAGGCUCUAGAAAUAAUCCCUAAGUUUGUGAUGAAAAAUGCUUAGACAAGAACUUCUAGUGUUGGUAUUUGCCUGCAGUUCACUAGCGGCGUUAGACGGCUACAGUCCCCAACAAGACCCCGAUCAGUUCCACAUACAAACAGAUGACGAGGACGAGCGCUACUUCCUCUACCAAACUCACAAUGGACAGUAUCGUAAAGAAAGGAGGUUAAAAGAUGGAUCCGUAGUUGGCACAACGGGCUGGGUUGGCGCAGAUGGAUUUCUACGCUUACAAGAUUACAUAGCUGACGACCAGGGUUAUAGAAUAUACAAAUCCAAAACUGUAUAUGUUGGACAAAACCGACCGAUAAGUGAGUCCUUGAAUAUAGCGAAAACCGCGCCCACAGACUCGGGAUAUGGAGUGACACGAGCGCCCGCCGUACAACGUAAUCGAGGGCCACCUCGAUUCACAUCUACGACACAUUCACCACUACCUUCUUCCACUAUAGAACCACCGCACUUCUCCUCCUCAGAUGUCACAAUUACACCAGCCCCACCUACAUUUUCCCAUCCGAGCUCAACUCCACGAGUAUUUGUAUCACCAAACUCUAUUGAUUCUUCUACAGCUUAUGAUUACAGACCUACUGUAACAUCAGUGACCGACAGAGACGCUACAACACCAAAUCCUUAUGCCUACGAGCCCCCGAAUACCAAUUCACUUGACGACGGGUAUUAUGCGAGCGACAGUCAAAGAUAUGACGUAUUUAAUCCUAAUUCGUAUAGACAUGCCGAUGAUUGGUUGCGGCGGCAGCGACCAACCGCCGAAAUAGGAGACGGCUAUACUCCACAAUUCUCAACAUACGAUGGUGCGCCGUUCAGAAGAAACGGUUUCAGAUAUUAUCUUCCAAAGCAGUACCACGAGGAAAACACGGGAGAUGUUAACGAUAGAAUAGGCAGCUUCGGUUAUGUAGAUCCUUUUGGUAUUCGACGAGUUAUUUAUUACAAUACCGCUCCCGGGGACGGUUUUCAGAUAAGAAAAAACAAUAGAUAUGUCGGACACGACGCAACUCCUUACGAUCCACGACCGAUUGCUAAAAAAUAGAAAAAAAAAAAAAAACGUGUGCAUGCGUCAGUGUGAAUAAAGUUACCUAAUUUAUUUAAUGAUCAGUAUUGCUAGGUUCAAAAAAAAAACGAAAUUAGUGAAGGCAAAACUAUUAGAUUUAUCGAACGAAACGAAAAUUUCUUAGCCAAUUACUACUUAAUUUGAAUGUGUAUAAUUACCAUAGAUUACAGAACGUUAUCUAUAAAAUGAUAUGUUAUGUUAUGAGCUUCUUCGGACACAUCAUGCGGUCUCCCAGACAUGAAUCAGAGAAUCUCAUAAUUUUGGAUCGCAUAGAAGGCAAGGCCGCGCCAUGGACAGAACACCAGCCAGAUGGUGAGAUCUGAUUAAGAAAGUGGUUGGUGAUAGCUUAUACAAUGCGAUCCAUGCCACCCAUGACCGAACAUUAUGGAGGAAAGUACCACAUGUGGUCGCGAUCCUUGGCAGUGAGGGUACAAUGAAGAAGAUCUAUAAUAUUUCUUAUCCGAACAAAUAAACAAUCGAAUUUAUCACCGUUAGAAAACCAAAAUAUAAAUAUAUUUAAUUUAAGUGCCAUCGUAUGGGAAAACACCUAGAAGAAAAAAUAUUAAACAAUAAUAAAUUAUUAUUACAUACUGUUCUUUGACAUUUUCUUACGCGGUUAGAAAUACUCGUUUACCGUUAAAACUAAAAAUACGAAAUGUUCACGAUAUUUUAUGAAGAAAAUUAGAGUUUGUAGUAUCAGAGUCAGUGAACUCAUUAAAAUAUAUGAAAAUGGUCAUCUACAAUUUGUGUGGGUGCUUAAAAUGGUCAAUCGUAUUUGGGCCUAUCUUUUGGUACCGUUCAUUUUCCAACAAAUAUAAAAAUGUGUUUUGAUCAGUCAUACAUAAGUAGCAUAUAACUAAUAAUAAAUUAAAGUACGUCAUUAACUUAUGCAGUAAUGCAUUUUAAUAAUAGAAGGUGGAUGUUUUGAGUCAAGGCGAAUAAUUUGUCAUUAUAAAAUAUCAGGCAUCUAAGCAUCAUCAUCAUCAUUUUUAUUUUUCAAUAAAAUGGCAACUUGUUGCUUUGACUACUGGGGAAUUAAUUUAUUUUAAAAUCAUUUGCAAAUUUUCUUCUCUAUUAAGUUCUGAAGAUUUUUGUACUUAUAGUUCACCUUUAAACCUUUACAGGACUUGUAAUAAUACUUGCUAAUAUUAUUAUUGUAUAUUUUAUUUUUAUUUAACAAAACGUGUUUAAUAAAUAAUAAUAAAAUACAAAAAAA